UUUUUAUUUAAUGUCUGAACAAUACCUAGAAGUAAAUGGCGCCAAUCUUUGCUACGAGAUUGAAGGAAGCGGUCCUUAUAUUGUAUUCGUCGCUGGUGGAAAUGGUGGUCAUCGUUUAUUUAGACGCAUUCGUGAUAUUUUGACCAAACAUUUUACUGUGGUCUUGUAUGACCGACGUGGCUACUUUCGAAGCAAGCUUACCGGCCCUCAAGACUAUAAAAAAAAUGUGGAAGCCAAUGUCGAAGAUCUAUACCGAUUGAUGAAACAUAUCACAGAUGAAAAAUUCGUUAUAUUUGGUAUUAGUGGGGCUGGGCCUAUUAUAUUCAAAUAUUUGGUUACUUACCCCGAAACAAUUUCUAAAAUGAUUGCCCAUGAACCCGUAUAUUUUCCGGAGAACUUUCCAAGAAAAAAAGACGUACAAAAUUUCCACAAUCAUUUACACCGAUUGCUACAUUAUGAAGGUCGAAAUGCUAGUAUGGCGCUGAUCGGGACGGAAUAUUUUAACGAAGCAGACUCUUACAUACUGGUCCAUAAUCAGAAGAGCGAUAAAACAAACAAUUGGACCUAUUGGAUCGAGCACGAAUGUUGUGAAGAUCCGUUUAUAAAUAUUGAUCUAAAUUCGAUAAAAGCUCAAAGUAGAAAGCUGAUGUUUUUAAAUGGUCAAGACUGCAGGGGAUAUUUUGUUCAAGAGCCAGGAAAGUUUAUUGCUGAAGCUAUAGGAAAAGAGACAUACACCCUUCCCGGUGGACAUAUUGGCUUUUAUACUCACUCCAAAGAAUUUGCUGCAGAAUUGAUUAAGCUAUGUCAAGUAAAUUCUAUCAUAGGAUAUCAACCAAAGUUAUAGAAUAUUUAAUUUUACUCAGCAUAAUUAAAAACCUUUUUAAAAUAAAACUCAUUGUAUCUCAGUG